AUGGCCAUCGCAUCCAUUCUCGAAAACCUCAAGGCUGGUGACUCUCCUGACCUAGAACUCGUUCACCCUACCGAAGCCGAAAAGCAGAUACAGUUCAACGCAAACGCAAACGAAUGGCGCGGUGCUCUUUCCAAACCUGCAUAUUUUCGUCGCGAGGCCACACUUUCGCAAACAAACCUGACACGUGAUGGCGGCAUUUCAUACUGGAUCCUAGCUGACCCUGACAAAACUGUGUCAGAAGACCCUUGGAACCCAGAUGCAGGCACCAAACUACCAAAAGGUACCCGACUACCACUAGCGAGCUGCGAAACAAUCCGGAAGAAGGCGCUCGUGUGGCAGAACGGAGAAAUCAAGGAGGAAUACUACGCGAAAUUCGGCUGGGAAUCUUUUACUUCUUCACAUGUUUCCAUCCCUGCGAGCACUUCUCAAGACACGAGCAACUUACCCACGGCCCGACCACUGUACGCGGACGAUCUGGAGGAACUAUGCAAGAUCGACGAAGCCUCCCUCCGCCGAAGUCUAGAGUCGCGACCAAAGGACAGCAACACCGCAGUCGCAAUACUUCCCAACAUCGAGACGAUCCAGUGGCACCACGCGCGUGAAGAAUUCGUAGGUAACGAGCUACAUGGCAAGAAGCCAGAGAUCAAAGGCGCGGUCGUCGGUACGGAGAAGGGAAAGCGCGUUUGGUGUUACUGGACAAGGAUGUGGUACAACGAGAACCCAGCUGAGGCCAAGGGCAACACCCUGCAUAUCCUACGGCUGGUCAUCGAGGACGAUGGCUUUGAGGGCUCUUCGGGUAGCAUGAACGGCGGAUCUGAGAGCAACAGUCACGAAGCUGCUAUUGCGGCCCUCAUGGCGAUGGCCCAGCAGGAGGCGCAGAAAUGGAAGAUGGAGAACGUGGAGAUGUGGGCGCCUUCGCCAGCGGCGCUGGCAGCUGCAAAGAAGCUGGAUCCGGCUGUCAAGGUCAUUGUGAGAGAUCAAGAGAGCAUCGCGGCCUUGCAGUGGUUUCCAGAACACGACGGACCGGUUGCUGACAAGAUUGACUGGAUCGCAAAUGAGAAGUACGGGUGGUGUUGA